AAUUGACGGAGCAAAAAACAGGCUUUGCUCCCCCUUUUUUAAAUGAAGAAAGAAAGAAGGGUCGAAGUUUAGACCGCUCACAGUAGUUCUACCCAUAGAAAAGAUCAUGAAAGAGGCGAUCAGAAUGGUACCCGAAUCCAUUUACGAUCCCGAGUUUCCAGACACAUCGCACUUCCGCUCGGGUCGAGGCUGCCACUCGGCCCUCAGACGGAUCAAAGAAGAGUGGGGAACCUCUCGCUGGUUUUUGGAAUUCGACAUCAGGAAGUGUUUUCACACCAUCGACCGACAUCGAUUCAUCUCAAUCUUGAAGGAAGAGAUCGACGAUUCCAAGUUCUUUUACCCCACUCAGAAAAAGUUUUCCACCGGACGACUCGUAGGGGGUGAGAAGGGCCCUGACUCCAUCCCAAACAGUGUACUACUACCGGCCCUACCAGGAAAUAUCUACCUACACAAGCUCGAUCAGGAGAUAGGGAGGAUCCGGCAGAAUCACGAAAUUCCUCUUGUAGUGAAAAUAAGAUCGGUUCUAUUAAGAAUAGGUCGUCGUAUUGAUGACCAAGAAAAGUAUGGAAAAGAAGCAAGCUUCAACGCUCCCCAAGACAACAGAGCCCUCAUAGUGGGGAGGGUAAAGAGCAUCCAACGCAAAGCGACCUUUCAUUCCCUUGUUUCAUCGUGGCACACCCCCCCCCCCACAAGCACCCCCACGCGAAGGGGAGACCAGAAAACGCCUUUCAUUUUCCCCCCUUCAGCGGCCCUAGCCGCCUUCCUUAACAAGCCCUCGAGCCUCCUUUGCGCCGCCUUCCUCAUAGAAGCCGCUGGGUUGACCCCGAAGGCCGAAUUCAAUGGUAGAGAAGGCUUUAAUAAGAAUUUGGCCAUGAGAGACCUUCUUAAGUAUUGCAAAAGAAGGGGCCUGCUGAUAGAGCUGGGCGGGGAGGCGAUACUAGUUAUCAGGUCAGAGAGAGGCCUGGCCCGUAAGCUGGCCCCCUUUAAAAGCCAUUCCUUAUUAAUAAGGAUUUGUUACGCGCGAUAUGCCGACGACUUACUACUGGGAAUCGUGGGUGCCGUAUUUCUUCUCAUAGAAAUACAAAAACGUAUCACCCACUUCCUACAAUCCGGUCUGAACCUUUGGGUAGGCUCCGCAGGAUCAACAACCAUAGCUGCACGGAGUACGGUAGAAUUCCCCGGUACGGUCAUUCGGGAAGUCCCCCCGAGGACGACUCCCAUACAAUUCUUGCGAGAGCUGGAGAAGCGUCUACGGGUAAAGCACCGUAUCCAUAUAACUGCCUGCCACCUACGCUCCGCCAUCCAUUCCAAGUUUAGGGACCUAGGUUAUAGUAUCCCUAUCAAAGAGCUUACGAAGGGGAUGAGCGGAAGAGGUCGUCUACUGGACGCGGUUCAACUAGCGGAGACUCUUGGAAAAGAUGGACUAAAAAGUCCCCAAGUUAGCGUAUUAUGGGGGACCGUCAAGCACAUCCGGCAAAGAUCGAGGGGGAUCUCGUUGUUGCAUAGCUCAGGUCAGAGCAAGGUGCCAUCAGGCGUUCAACAGGCAGUCUCACGAUCGGGCAUGAGUGUCCUGAAGAAGAAAUUGUAUACUCCCUUUGGUCGGAAGGCGGCGGGGGAAGGAAGGGGACACUGGGCGGGAUCUUUCAGCAGCGAAUUCCCCAUACAGAUAGAGGCGCCUAUCAAAAAGAUACUCCGAAGGCUUCGGGAUCGAGGUCUCAUUAGCCGAAGAAGACCCAGGCCAAUCCACGUGGCCUCUUUGACCAACGUCAGCGACAGAGACAUAGUAAAUUGGUCCGCGGGCAUCGCGAUAAGUCCUCUGUCCUACUACAGGUGCUGCGACAACCUUUACCAAGUCCGAACGAUUGUCAACUACCAGAUCCGCUGGUCCGCUAUAUUCACCCUAGCCCACAAGCACAAAUCUUCGGCGCGGAAUAUAAUCCUAAAGUACCCCAAAGACUCAAAUAUAGUCAAUCAAGAAGGUGGUAAGACCCUUGCUGAGUUCCCAAACAGCAUAGAGCUUGGGAAGCUCGGACUCGGUCAAGAUCCGAACAACGACGGAGCACUCAACUACAUGUUUAAUAAGUAGUUGUCUUUUUCUAUUUGGAUUUUAGCGAACAGGCGUUUACAUGAGAUUAGUUGAGUAGGCUUGCCUUAUCUGCUAUAAGAUAGCUAGUUGUGGGGCUUUCGAAAAAAAAAGGCUGAAGGCUUCGCUAUCGCUCAUGGCUUGUAUUGUAGUCGUAGUCUUGUAGUCGGCCCUCCAUGCCUCUUUAGUCUUUCUAAUCCUGAGGCCUUUUUCCUUCAUUCAUUUUGCGGUAGCUUACGCGUCAGAAAAAUAGAACCUUUCCGGCCCGGAAGAUCGCUGCUUCGCUUCUGGCGACUAGCUUCUACCCACAAUGGCUAAAGCUACCUUGAAUCAAUCAAUGAAUGAAUGAUUCGUAACCCCCAUGGGUUCGAGGACCCGUUGGUCAAAGGAAAAGGGGGGUCCAGAUUCCAGGACGGAGCCGUAUGAGGCGAGAGUCUCACGUACGGUUCCUUUGAGAAGGGUGUGAUACCACCACCUAUCAGGCCCGACGAGCGGUCCACGGAGCUGCAUCCCUACUCACCCGGUCUAUGCACAUCGCUCUUUCCAGGAGGUUGGCUGCCUAUCCUAGAUCUUCCCAUUUCCAAAAAGAUCCCUUGUUCGAUCUGGUUUAGUAUCAAGGUUCUUCUUUUUCUGUUUCUAUAUAUAUGGGUCCGUGCAGCAUUUCCACGAUAUCGUUAUGAUCAAUUAAUGGGACUUGGCCGGAAAGUGUUCUUGCCUCUAUCAUUAGCUCGGGUAGUCCCCGUUUCAGGUGUUUCAGUCACCUUUCGAUGGCUCCCUUAAUGUAUGUGCCAGGAAGUUUCUUCUGAAGGGGGCUACUCCCCGAAAAUGCCCCGCCCCUUGUUCGUUUGUCGUUGGGGAUUCA